AUGGAGCCCUCCGAUGAGCCUCCUGUUGUACAAAGUGAGUACAUGUUUGGGCCAUCAGCAUCAUAUGCAUGUUCGAUGGUAGAUGAUAUUGUAGAGCUGUCUAGUAGCAGAUGUUAUGCUGGAGAUGCUCCUUCAUCCUCCAGGCCUUUAGGUUUGAGUACCCCGUACGACUCCCCUACCACCUCAUCUAUGUCGUUUCUGUUGGACGACGGUCUAGAUGUUGAGGACGUGGAUGCACCAAUUAUGUCACUUCAUUCCCGUCCAACAUCAUUAUAUAAGCCAACUCCCCAUUUGCUUCAUAUGGAUGAUGAUGUUGCUAGGUUGGGCGCUAGCCGCGAGGUUCCAUUCGGGAUUCGGCCAUUCCUAAAUCCCAAUGUCCUAUUUACCUCUUCUUCCCUCUUCGGCUCUUCCCUUCCCAAGUUCGCAGUUCGCAAGUCGCAACUUCGCCGGCAGCUGGCACUCCCUCACAGCCUCACUCCCAGUCCCAGUUCCCUUCAGCUUCACUUUCCCUUCCCAGUUCCCUUCCCACUUAGCAGUUCGCACACAGUCGGCAACGGCGAGUUCAAACCUCCUGUUCCAGAUCGGCAGAUCCAGUCUUUCCCUUCGGACUUCGGCUUCCACCUUCCCAACUUCGCAGCUCGCACUCUCGCAGACUCGCAGUUCUCCUUCGGACCUUCCGUCCUUCAGUGCACUGGGCAAACCACUCUUCGAAUUGAAGCAGUCUCAGGGAGGUGCCAUUGCCCUCCGCCAACUGUUUUAUUAAAUUUCCGAGAGAAAGAGGUGGUCAGACAGAGCAUGGGUAGGAGAGGAGCAAAGAACAAAGGGCAGGUUAAUACUACUGGUUCUCGAACUCUGCUCACGUUGAGAGAAGAAAGCAGUGGGCGAAAGCAAACCAAAUCCAGCAAUGUGAAGUCCGUGUUGAAGAUGCAGCACUUGCAGAAGCUGGCAGUUUGGGCGAGCAGGAAGGCCUCUGUCCCUUCUUUGGGUGCCUUUUUUGGGCACUGCUUGGCUGCUUGUGGGGAGGCCGUGGGUUGGCCUACUGAUUCUUCAUUGUUUCCCUGUGAAAGAUGUGAAACAAUUCUUCAGCCUGGCUAUAAUUGUACUAUCCGGGUUGAGAAGAAUAGUAGAAAGGGGCGGCAUCGACGUAAGAAACCUGAUAUUCCUAUGCAGAACAAUGUGGUCUACAAGUGUCACUUCUGCUCCCAUUGGAAUAUUAAGAUAGGCACUCCAGAAGGCCAUAUGAAAGAGAUAUGUCCACUGAAUUGUAAACCAUGUUCAAAAUUGGAAACUGCAAAAUCUAUAGUUCCGAGGUGUGGCUUGGAGAAAGGCAUGAGAAGUAGUGUUGAGGUUGAUGAGAUGGAUCACAUAGCAUCAACCACAAUUUCCGGAGACAUUCCUAUGGUUAGUAGUCCAGAAGAAGUUUACAAGAAGGAUGAGAUAACUUUGCCUACAGCAGAUAGGGAUAAUGCUGACUGUCUAACAACUCCAUUAGUGCGAAAAGGUGCAACUUUGUUGGAGGGGAGGAAGAGGAAGAGGCAAAAACCGGGUUCUAGAAAAACAGCUGAAUUUGAAAACAUUUCUGCCACAACUGAUGCAGAGAAAUCUGUCAGCACGUCCAACAAACGAAGGAGAAAAUGGACUAGCCUGAGAGAGAUUGCACAGAGCACUGAGCGUGAUAAAAUCCGGAGUACACCCAAUUUAGCUAUCCCUUUUUGUACGUCAGUGGUAUAGUCAUUUAAUGAUUAUAGACAGCAAAAUAAAUUGCAGAUAUCCAAUUAUGGUACAUCAAAAGUGGAAAGAAAUUGAAGCUGCUGGAAAUUUUGAUCGUGGGAGAAUGAGUUGCUUGAAGUAUUAAUUCAUGGUCACAUCCUUAGUGAGUAUUUUGUCUGAGCAUGUUAGAUCUACAUCAACUUGCUGUUUCAUAACUCGAUGGUUGGAAAACGGAUGUCUUGUGAACAAAAAAUAAAAAGCAAGCUUCCAACUAAAUAAUUCCUUUAAAACUAAAAUUUAAAAAAUCUUGUUUCAUCA